UCACUGAAAAUCUCUCUCUAUCUCUCUCUCUCUCUCCCUCCCUCCCUCCUUAUAUCGCUCUUAUUUUUCGCUGCUAUCGAGCCAUUGUCGCUGGUCCAGUUGCCGCCUCAGACUUUGCAUGCCGCUGUUUUCUUCUUGGUUUAAACUCCUGUUAUUUAUAAUAGAGGUUUUUGACAAGAGUAUUGUUUUACAAGUUGAUGGGGAAAGGGAAAGAUAAAAAAUCUCCAAGGCCUCCCAGCAUUGCUCCAUCAAUCCAAGGAUUGUCGUCUUACUCCCAUCUUGUGUUCUUUGAACUUAUAUUUAUUUAUAUCUUUAAUUUUGUGUUUAUAAAUCUAUUGUUUAUAUUUUAGGAAAUACCAAAAACAUUUUAUCCGGAUUGGUUGAGCUAUAUGUAUGGUUAUUAUGGAGCUAUGCCACCUCCAUUUUUUCCACCAUUUGUUCCCCAUCCAAAUACCCAUCACUAUCCAUGGGGAGGCCAGCAAUCGUUGGCCCGGCCAUUUUUUUCGCCAAUUCCUUACCUUAUUGCAUUCAACCCUAGAAGUUCAAGACAUGUGGAACAGGUUGCAGAGCCCACCUCAGAUUCAAGGCAACGUAAUACUGCUGAAAGUGGAACUCGGGAUAAAUCAAAUGAUUUUGGUGGAUUCAAAGAGAAACAUGUAGAUGAGGGCUCUGCUGAAGUGGCAAAUGAUGCUGCACAUCAUUUAAGGGCGGAAGAGGAGGUGGAUAAUGAUGGGCGUGAAAAUUUCAUGAAUGACGGGAAGGACAAUGAUAGUCUUGAAGAGCCCAAGUCCGGGAUGUUGUUUAGUUCCAAGGAGGAGCUUUUUGCUUAUUAUAAACAGUAUGGGAAACAAACUGGUUUUGGGGUCAUGACACAAAGAAGUAAAAGGGAAGUGGAUGGGAGUGCCAAAUAUUUAACGCUAGGAUGUGCUCAUGGUGGCAAGGCACGAAAUCGAACAUCCAAUGUUUCUAAGCCACGUCCAACAACAAAGACGAAUUUUAAGGCCAAGAUUAAUGUGAUGUUGGUUGAUGGAUCAUGGCGUGUGACUACAGUUGAGAAUACACACAAUCAUGCACUAAAUUCAUUCAAGUCGAAUUUCUUUAGAUGUAAUAGAAAUGAUGAUGAUGUUGUCAAGAGGCAGUUAGACGAAAACGAUGAGAUUGGCAUACAAAUGAAUAAAAGUUUCGACGAGGUGGGUGAGCUCAAGAAUAUUCAAUUUAUAGAGAAAGAUUGUCGAAAUUCUAUUGACAAAACACGACACCUUCAACUUGGUGAAGGAGGCGCUAAGGCACUAUGUGAGUAUUUUGAGAGAAUGCAGCACGAGAAUGAUGGGUUCUAUGUCAUGAUGGAUUUGGAUGAUGAUUCGAGACUGAGAAAUGUUUUUUGGGCCGAGGCACUAUGUGAGUAUUUUGAGAGAAUGCAGCACGAGAAUGAUGGGUUCUAUGUCAUGAUGGAUUUGGAUGAUGAUUCGAGACUGAGAAAUGUUUUUUGGGCCGAUGCACGGAGUAGGGUAGCAUAUGAAUAUUUUGGAGAUGUUGUUAUGUUUGAUACGACUUACUUGACUAAUAGUUACAACAUGCCCCUUGCACUUAUCUUGGGUGUAAACCACCAUGGUCAGUUAAUCUUUUUAGGAGUAGGAUUGAUAUCAAUUGAAGAUACAAAUACUUUUGUUUGGUUAUUUCAUAAAAAAUGCAAUUGCAAUUGUCUUUCCACAAACCCGACAUAGAUAUUAUUUGUGACAUAUUAUGAAGAAACUACCAGAAGAGUUGGGUUCCCAUGCUCAAUAUAGUCAUGAAUUGAAAAGUGCCCUACAACAAUGCGUUUAUGACUGUCAAACUUGUGAGGAUUUUGAGAAGUCUUGGGAUGUAUUACUUAUACAUACAAUUUGCAUGAUCAUGCAUGGCUACAAAGUUUAUACAGUGAGAGAACGUAUUGGGCACUAGUAUAUUUGAAAGAUGCAUUUUGGGCUGGAAUGAGUACAAUACAACAAAGCGAGAGCAUGAAUGCAUUAUUCGACAAUUUGGUGUAUUCAGGGUCUACAUUGAAAGAAUUUAUUGAUAAGUUUGAUAAUGCAUUGAGGAAAAAGGUUGAGAAUGAGAAUGCAGCGGACUUUAACUUGUUCAAAUACACAAUUCCAUGUAUAUCUCAUUUAUAUGUUGAGAAGAAAUUACAACAGUUGUACACUAAUUCCAAGUUCAAAGAAGUACAACAAGAGAUAAUGGGGAUGAUAUAUUGUAAUUCUCAUCUUUAUAAAACAGAGGGCGCAAUUUCAAUGUAUCAAGUGUCCGAUCAAGUACAUGAUGACUUCAUCAAACCGGUUACAUUUUCAGUUUACUUUAACGAAGAUGAGUGUGAGGCAAAGUGCAUAUGUGGAUUGUUUGAAAUGAGAGGAAUUUUGUGUAGACAUAUUCUUACUGUUUUCUCUGCCAAGAAUGUGCAAUCGUUACCUUUGAAGUACAUUGUGGACCGGUGGAGGAAGGAUCUAAAACGAAGAUAUACUUUUUUACAAAACAGUUAUGAUGACUUGAGUGGUAAACCUGAUGCCCACAGAUAUUCCUGUUUGUUAAAGAGAUGCUAUGAAGUAUUAACAAUUGCAUUGUCAAGUGAUGAUCAUUUUGUUGAUAUGAUGCGCCAGUUAGAUGUGAUGGAUGAGAAAUACAGUAUGGCAAAGAUCGUGAUGGAUGAGAAAUACAGUAUGGCAAAGAUCCACUGAUGUCGCAACGGGAAAAUAAAAAGGGUACUCAGUCCUCAUGUAAUUAGUGACCGAGGCAGGCGGACAGUGAAGAGGAGGGUACCUAAGUAGAGAAAGUCAUGAAGAGGUUACAAACAGGGAACAAGAAAGCAUGUGACAAUGGAGUUGCAAAUGAGAGAAAAGAAACAGACAUGUCAAGCUACUGAAGAAGGUCUAUUGGAAACAAGUAGAGCUGCAUUGGAUAUAUGAACAAAGUCUCAUUUCCAUCAGGGGUUGAGUCCCAACAUGGUUGUAUGAUUGGAACAUAACAAAGUGUUAUCACUCGGAUGUACUGUAGGAGCGAUGGUAACUUCUGGCAAUUGAAGAGUUGGGUCUAUUUAAAAUUACGCAACUUCUGCUUGUGGUUUUUGGUUUUUGGGAGCUUUGUCAGUUGCUGCUUUGCUGGUUGUAGCUUAGGCUUGGUUGCAACCAUGUUUGGUUGGAGGCUGCUUGUUACACAAAUAUUUUUAUUCGUCUGUCUUGAUGUCCAUCGGAUUAAAACUAAUGGAGAACAUUUCACUCUUUCUAUGAUUUCUGAU